AUGUUCACGCAGAAAAUUAAAAAUGGUGUUAUAUAUGGGGAUGAUAAAAUCCCGUCUAUACAGAAUUUGAAUUAUGGAGCAGUUGUUUUGGAGAAAAUUUUAUCGCACGAUCCAAAUGGGGUUGCAUUGAUUGAUGGUGCUAAAGGAGAACAAAUAACGUACGGUGAGAUGGCACGGAAGAUAGUCAAUAUUGCUUCAUCUCUAACAAAGCUGGGUGUGAAGGUCGGUGAUGUAGUAGCUAUAUGCAAUGACCUUAUCCACGUCCUUAACAUUUCUAGACCAAAAUAUGUUUUCCUGUCGGGAAACGUAUAUGACACACAUUUUGCUACUAUGAGGCAUGCGAGCAUCAUCGCGAGAUUCAUAUUAUUUGACAAAAUAAUAUCACUCAACAGUCACGUGCUCUUCAAAGAUUUAGAGAAUAGUAAAAUGGAUAUAAAAAACUAUCAACCAGUUAAAUUUCAAGGUCAACCUAGAACCGCUAUGAUACUGUAUUCAUCGGGAACCACCGGUAUGGCCAAGGGGGUUAAACUUACACAUUUAAAUUUGAUUGUAAGCUCCUACCAACUAAGGCCAAUAACGAAAAACACAAUACAAUUUACGGUCGCACCAUGGUCAAGUACAAUGGGAAUUUUGUGCAGUAUCCGUGAGAUUUUAUACGGUAGAACACUUGCCUUUUUGCCCAAAUACGAAGAGGAUUUAUUCCUCCAAACUAUACAAAAGUAUAAGGUUGGAGCUCUUAUUAUUGCACCACCUCUCAUCGUAAUGUUAACUAAAUCAGAAUUAGCCAAUAAGUACGAUAUAAGUUCAGUUGAAUUUAUUUACUCAGGAGGAGCACCAAUCGACAAAGAGUCUAUAGAAAAAGUUAAGCAAAGGUAUUCAAAUAUUAAACACGUCCUGCAAGGCUACGGGAUGACAGAAGCGACAGGUGCUAUAACGGACGACUUAGAAAUCGCACCAAAGGAAGGCAGCGUCGGAAGGGCUGCACUCGGAAUAAUAAUAAAGGUAUCUGAUCCGGUCACCAAUAAGACACUUGGGCCUGGCGAACCAGGCGAAGUCCGUAUUAAAGGUUUAACUUUAUUUGAAGGUUACGUCAGAAAGGAUAUGAAAAAUGAAUUUGACGAUGAAGGUUUUUACAAAACAGGUGAUAUAGCGUAUUACGACGAAGACGGUUACUUCUAUAUAGUAGAUAGAAUAAAAGAACUCAUCAAAUACAAGGCAUGGCAAGUACCACCCUCAGAACUCGAAGCUCUGAUACUAAAGCACCCGGCGGUUAAAGAUGUUGGUGUCACUGGCGUUCCCGACGAACUUGCCGGUGAACUACCUACGGCCUUUGUGGUGAAACAACCGAACACAACAGUCACGGAGCAAGAUAUUAUCAAACACGUAGCAAAUAAGGUUGCUCCAUGGAAGAGACUACGAGGUGGUGUAAUAUUUCUAAAUGAGAUACCAAAAACUCCGAGCGGCAAAAUUCUGAGACGAAAACUACUAUCGCUGCUGCCGAAGCGAAGCCCACUAAAGCUACCUGCCAGCAAAUUGUGA